UGUCUAUUGUGCUUUGAAGGCGUUGUGGGUCUUCACUGGGAGAAAGGCGGGAUGUAAAAUGGAUGAAUGCCUAAACUCCUGGAGAGAGAAGAGGGCCUCCAUCCGUCCCACUCUCAAAGCCCUAACCUUCGCCUUUUCGGAUGCCUUUGGGCAUCAUCUCCUAGAAAGGAGAAGACUCUUCCCUUUCAUGCCAGAAACAAAACCGAAAACCAAAACUCUAGUGAACUUCCUCCUUAAGUAGAACAACACACACAGACACACAAAGUCCAUGCACACUUUCGAAAAGGAACUCUUGCACGCAAGGUAAGAGAUUGCAGCAUUGGCCAAACCAAGACUGAACUGCUCAGUCCAGGUAACCGGGGAAUGCCAAGAUUCGCUGCGCAGGAGAAACGGGUGUCCUUGGGGGUCCGGAGGAGCGUCCGGUUGACUGACCGCCCAAUGGGUCUGCUGCCCGCUUUCCUGGCCCUGGUCCUUCUCCAGGCUCACAGGGCAUCCGCCUACGGCUUCAGAAACUGCAUCCAGUCCAUGGGGAACCUGGGGUCCUUCAAGUGCAUGCAGCGCUUCCUCAGCGACAUCUCCAGCGCCGUGAGCGACCUCCCCAGCAACGCCACGGUGGUCAACGUGUCCCACAAUUCCAUCCGCUUCCUUCCUUCUGGGAGCUUCCACCACCUCCCUGGGCUGAGGAUCCUCCAACUGAGCAACAACUUCAUGGAGAGGAUAGAGGACGGGGCCUUUGAGAACCUCACUGCCUUGGAGAGCCUCAACCUCUCCUGCAACAGCCUCACAGAUCUGCCCAAAGGCGUCUUCCAGGGCUUGGCCAACCUCAGCCUCCUCUUCUUGCACAAUAACCACCUGCGUACAAUCCAUUCGGAUGCCUUGGCUCCACUGCAGAACCUUCGGAAACUGUGGCUCCACUUCAAUGACUUUGGGGACUUUGCAGAGAUCGUUGGGAGCUUACAGAGCCUGACCAGGCUGGAGCAUCUGUACCUCUGCAACAAUAACCUGACCUCCCUUCAGUCGGGAUUGGGUCUCCCAUGUUCCCUGGCCGUCCUCUCUCUUUGCAACAAUUCCUUGCACGGUUUGGACGGUCAAAGGCGGCAGUUCCUGCAGAACCUGAAAUGGAUGGACCUCUCUUAUAACAUGAUCUCAGACGUCUCUUCCUUUGCUAAGGUCAGCCUACGGAACCUCACUUAUCUGAAGCUGACGGGAAACAGCCUAGAUGUCUUCCAGCUUUUGGACCGUUCCGACUUGCAGCCUCACAGCCUGGACUAUUCUGGCUUGCGCUUAAACAAACGCUCGGAGCUAACCCACAUGUGCCACUUCCUUGGGAAAUCCAAGCGUCCCCCCUACAAUCUACACUUGCAGAGCAAUGGCCUCAGGAACGUCAGUGCCGGCACCUUCUCCGAGUGUCCCCCCAUUCAGCUGCUGGACCUUUCAAGGAAUCGCCUCAAAUCGGUGGGGUGCGUCAGGGAGAUGUGGAACGUAACGGUGCAAAAUCAAACACUGCAGAGUUUCAUCGUGGAACAUAACUUGCUGAACCACCUUCGGUCCUGCUUGCACAGCACUCCCUUAAAAGAGCUGAAAUUCAUCUCUUUCCGCUUCAAUCGCAUCCUCUCCGUUAACAGCUGGGCUUUCCGCUAUGCCCCAAAUCUCAAAAAUCUCCACCUCAACAUCAACUCCAUUGCUUAUUUGGACAGAAAAGCCUUGAGGGGUUUAAAAGAACUUAGCAUGCUGCGCCUGGACAACAACCUACUGACUGAUCUCAAUGCCGACACCUUUCGCGACCUGAGAAACCUCCACACGCUCAACCUCCGGAACAACCACGUCUCGGUCCUCUUCCCAGGCAUCUUCAAGAACCUUGGCAACCUCCGUAUUUUGGACCUGGGAGGGAACAACAUCCGCCAGUUGUCCAAUAUAUCCUUUGAGGGGCUGAGGAACCUUUCCAACCUCUACCUGGAUCGCAAUCGCAUCGAAAGCAUUUGCCACAGCUUUUUUGCCCCAAUGGAGAGCACUCUCCAAGUGCUGGACUUGAUGGGAAACAAGAUAAAUUACAUCAGCAUGAAGCAAGACAGGCCUCCUCCUUUCUUGAACCUGCACAAGGUCUACGACCUCAAGCUCCAGGCUCAGCAACCCUAUGGACUGAAAAUCGUCCCACCAAAGUUCUUCAAGGGCCUGACCUCUCUGCGCAACCUAUACCUGUCGGAGAAUAAAAUUCUCUCCAUCGCGCCAGAUGUCUUCGAUGACUUGGAGCAACUGGAGUGUCUAACCAUGGUGGACAGCAGCAACGGGAUGGGCGACCUCCCACCCAGUAUAUUCAAGAGUCUUAGAAACCUGGUCACUCUCAACCUGGAGAACGCCGGCCUUCGCACGCUGACCCUGGAGGUCUUUGGCAACCUCACGAAACUGCGCAACCUGCAGCUGGGGAAGAAUGAACUCCAGAUAAUUAACGGCAGCGUGAUGGAAAGCUUGCCCUCACUGCGAUACCUCGACCUACGCAAGUGCCCCCUGACAUGCACCUGCGACAACAUCUGGUUCCAGAGGUGGCUCAACAACAGCCAGGUUCAGGUGGUCUACCUGUACAAUUACUCCUGCCAUUCUGGGGAGCACAGGUAUGUCUACAGCUUCGACACCCAUGUCUGCUACCAAGAUGUGGGCUUGUAUCUCUUCUCCUUCACCUUCCCUGCUUUGCUACUCCACAUGCUGCUCCCGGUCCUCUUCCACCGGGCCUACUGGACGCUGAAAUACCACUUCUACAUCUUGCGUGCUUGGGUCAGCGAUCACUGGCGGCAGGGCAAAGACUACAAAUUUGACGCUUUUGUCUCCUACAACUCCACAGAUGAGAGGUGGGUGCUGGAGCACUUGGUCCCCAACCUGGAGAAAGGAGGGAGUCCCAUCUUCCGGCUGUGCCUUCACCACCGGGACUUCCAGCCAGGGAAGUACAUCAUCGACAACAUCGUGGAGAGCAUCCACAACAGCCGGCACACCAUCUGCGUCAUCAGCAGGAACUACCUACAGAGCGAGUGGUGCUCCAUGGAGAUCCAGCUAGCCAGCUACCGUCUCUUUGACGAACUGAAGGACGUGCUGAUCCCCGUUUUCUUGGAGGAUAUCCCCAAGCGCGAGCUCUCUGCUUACUACCGGAUGCGGAAGGUGAUGCUGAAGAAGACCUACAUCACAUGGCCGCCAGAGUCCGAGGCGCAGCGGUUGUUCUGGGCGAAGCUGAGGAUGGCUCUGAAGGCUGGGAACUCGGAGGAGAAGGAAGAAGAGGAAAUCCUAUACUGGUUCGGUGAAGACGGCAAACCCAUCUUGGAAUCCUCUGGAAAGAUGCAAUAGUAGGAAGGCAGUCCAUGCCGACACUCGUUUAUCACACACAGGGACUUUGUCCAAGGUUUCCUGGAAAUGGAGUAAGGGAGCUUGUUUUUAACAACAUCAAUUUUGUUUUCCUGGUGCACUUGUGCACAUGGAGUGAGCUAUCUUGCAUGUGUUCAGGUGUGCCAUGAACAAAAAUUCAUGCAUGGCAUACCAUACAUACUGCUGGAGAAUGGUCAGUGGGGCUCUGGGAGGAGGAGGGCACGUUCCCCCCGACCCAUGGAGGGGAGGAGUCUGAAUUCCAGAGGCAAGCCCCGCUACCUCCAGAAAAGUCAGACAAAAAACCCCAGCCCUCACUGCAAAUGGAAAGCUAGAAUAUCAGACCAGAGAUUCUACCCGAGCACUUUGUCUACUGUUCUGGUUUUCCCUUUGCAAGAUGCUGAGGAGCAUUUAAAAGAGCCAUCUUCCACCUGCAAUCCAAAGUGGUUACAGCCCAUUCUGCUACUUAUUCUGCCCCCUAACCUCACACACAGCAACCCACAGAAGAGAAAGAAAGCAGUGAGGAGAUGUGGGGAUGUCCCAGUGAUGCCAACAGAAUAUAAGGAGGCAUCUGUCCACCCGAUUGCCUAGUCUUGGCCUGCAUCUUCAUCAUGUAGGUAUGGGCAGCUGUGGCCCUCCCGAUGUGAUAGGAUCACAACUUAUGCUGGCUAGGGCUGGUGGGAGAUGUGGACUAACAUUUGGCAGGUCAGUGGUUGCUUGUCCCAAAUGGGUGAAUAGGAUGGGAUUUCAACACAAGACAACACACACCUGCAUUUGUGCCAUUGCAAGUUUGAACAGAUGACAGUUACUGAAGUUAAGGCUACAUUUAAGACAGCAUCAGUGGCUCAGGGGAAGGUGCUCAAGCCUCAUCUUUGAUGGGAGAAUUGCAGGUGAAUGGCCCACAGUGAAGUGAGUUUAUAUCCAUGGAAGCUCAUACAAAAAUAAAAACCAGUUAGUCUUAAAGGUGUUUCCACAUUUCCCCCUUUGCCCUGUCCCUUUCUCCUUUUUAUGCUUCAAGAAAACCUUGGAGCACUCUUCUGGAAAGUGAGUGCCAUUUUGGCAGAAGGCUCCACUUUAAAGGCAAAACCACAUUGCUGGUGGGAGAAGUUGGCAUCUCUGUAAAAUAAGUAAAUUAAGGCCAGACUUCAGUUUGAGCCAAAAGAGAAACACUUGGUCUUUCUGUACUGUUGGGUUGUUUUUAUGCUCCAUCCCCACCUAUGCUCAGGUCUGUUUGCUUGUAAUUAAACACAAAUAUUG